AUGGUCCACCGAGCCGGAUCCGGAUUGUUGAUAAUUAUGGAUGAAGAAAGAGUGAAUACGGCAAAGAAAGAGCGAAGAACGAUACGAAGUUUAGCAACGAAGUUGGUUAACAAGGUUAAAGAGUGUUUGGAUGAAGCGAGUGACGGGGUUGACGAUCGCAAAUUACGACAGUUUCGAGCUGCAUUGAAAGAGAAGUCGAUACUUUUGAAGGAAUUGGACAAAGAAGUUUUAAACUAUCUGUACACAACAGAUGCAGAGGAUGAGAUUUGCGAGAACGAAGCAGAACAGGCCAGCGAAAUCCAGGAAAAGAUCGAUUACCAAUUGAUUUGUGUCGAAGACAUAUUGAAAGAAAUGGAGGAUGAAAAGUUGUCUAUUAAUUCAAGUUCAAAAUCUCACUCAGCGUCGAGGGAAAGUAUCGUGUCGAUCGCAUCAAAUGACGAUGGCCACUCGAAUGAGUCGGAACUGCAGCAUUCGAAGAGUUGGAACGAUCGUACUGUCAGAGUGAAGUUACCUAAAUUGCAAAUGCGGAGUUUUAGUGGGAAAGUACAGGACUGGCAAGAAUUUUGGGAUUCCUUUAAGAGUGCUAUACAUGAGGACCCUGGUCUUGCUAAAAUUGAUAAGUUCAAAUAUCUGCGGAGUUUCUUGGAUGAGCCGGCCAGAAGAGUGAUAUCGGGUCUCGCAUUAACAGAUGCUGAGUAUGAUUCAGCAGUGGAGUUGUUAAAGAAGAGAUUUGCUAAGCCAACUUUAAUAAAGAGAGCGCACAUCAACGACAUGAUAAAUUUAGCUCCAGUGUACAAUGAACGAAAUGUUGGCAGAUUACGUCAUUUCUUGGAUGACAUCGAGACUCAUUUCCGUGGACUUGAGGCCCUUGGUGUUGACAAGGAGAGUUAUUCGUCAAUCGUUGUUCCG